UAGUCACUGGGCUUUGGGUGGAGAAAAGGGAAGAGGACUUUGGGUGUUGGACUGAUGCGAGAGCCUUGAAAUGUCCACGGAGAGUCGUUUUGGAGCCUCACUUGACAGUUUCGGGUUUGGCGCUCCGUCUGAAGCCCCGUGUGGACUAGAUAUUGACGUCCUUUAGGCGCUAAUUUCAGACAACUGCUGUGACACACACACACACACACACACACACACACAGAAGUACCUUCCCUCCCCACACACACAAACAGCUGUACACUAGCACACACACCCUCAGAUACCCCAUAACCCCUUGCACACAAAAAUACAAACACAGAGACACACACACAAGCGUGUGUGAUGUCAGCGGAGGCAUCUGGCGGGUCGUUGGGGGACGACGAGUCUGCAAUGAUGCCCCCAUCAUCAUCAUCAUCGUCAUCCGGGAUGUGUAUGGGCGCGUCAUCCUCCCCCUCCCCUUCCCCCUCGGCCCUGUGCGUGCGGGACAAGGAGGAGUGCGUGUGUAUAGGGGGCGGCCGGCGCUUCAUCAAGCUGAACGUGGGGGGGUCGCUGCACUACACCACGGCCCAGACGCUACGCAAAGAGGAGAGCAUGCUCAGCAGCAUAUGCGACGGACAGACGCCCGUUACUAUAGACUCAGAAGGCUGGGUGGUGUUGGACCGUUGCGGGCGGCAUUUCGGCGUCAUAUUAAACUUCCUGCGUGACGGUUCCGUUCCCCUUCCGGAGAGUUCCAGAGAACUGGAGGAGAUUCUAAAGGAGGCCCAGUACUACAGAAUACAAGGACUCAUCUCACUUUGCAUCAACACUCUACAGAAGCGGAAGAGUGUGUGUGAAGGUGUGUGUCGUAUCCCGAUGAUCACGACACCUAAAGAAGAGCAGCUCAUGAUUGCCACCUGCAGGAAGCCCGUAGUCAAACUGCAGAACAACAGAGGAAACAACAAGUACUCAUAUACCAGUAAUUCAGACGAUAACCUCUUGAAGAACAUUGAGCUGUUCGAUAAGCUGGGUCUUCGCUUCAGCGGCCGCGUUCUCUUCAUGAAGGACGUCCUGGGAGACGAGAUCUGCUGCUGGAGUUUCUACGGCGACGGCCGCAAGAUAGCUGAGGUCUGCUGCACAUCCAUCGUCUACGCCACGGAGAAGAAGCAGACCAAGGUGGAGUUCCCAGAAGCUCGCAUAUUUGAAGAGACGUUAAACAUCCUGAUCUACGAGAGUGGGCGGGGCUCGGGUGCCGGAGGCGUGGCCUUGUUGGAUUCCGGAAUCAGCUCGUCGGCUAGCAACGGCCAAUCAGAUGAGGAGGGAGGCGGGGCCGGGGAGAGACCCCGAGACAGACGAGACCGAGUCAGGAGGAUACACGUCAGGAGACACAUCACACACGACCACACACACACUGUCUACAAGGACUAAAACAUACAGACACACACACAGUAGAAAAGCACUAACGCACACACACACACACACUCAGACAUCAGGAGACGCAUCACACAUGUCCACGCACACACACUGUCUACAUGGACUAACACACACACACACACACACACACACACACACACACAGUAUACAAAGACUAACACGCAUGCACACACACACACACACACUGACAUGUCACGAGACAGAUCACACACACACACACAGUAUAUAAGGACUAAUACAUACAAAAGUCAGGAGAUGCAC